AUGCACCAGAGAAUCCAUACCGGAGAAAAGCGAUUUCAAUGUACAUUCUGUACAAAAUCUUUCACACAAUCAAAUACCUUGAGAAUUCACGAAAGAUGCCAUUCUGGAGAAAAACCUUAUCAGUGUAACAAAUGUUCAAAAACAUUCAGUCGGCGUGAUAAUUUGAAAGAACAUGAACGGAUUCAUACAGGGGAACAACCGUUCCAGUGUAGUUUGUGUUUCAAAUCUUUCACUCAGGCGAGUACUUGGAAAAAUCAUGAACGAAGUCAUACCGGAGAACAGCUAUUCCAGUGUGAAUUCUGCUUAAAAUCAUUCACCCGAAAAGAUAAUUUGAAAGUUCACAAGAGAUGUCAUUCUGAAGAAAAACGUUUUCAUCAAGCUAAUACUUUGAAAAAUCAUGAAAGGACUCAUACUGGAGAGAAGCCAUUUCAGUGUCCAAUUUGUUUCAAAUCUUUCACACAAAAGAAGACUCUGAAAGGUCACGAAAGGAGUCAUUCCGGAGAAAAGCCAUUCAAGUGCGAAUUCUGCUUGAAGUCUUUCACUCACAAAGAAAAUUUGAGAGUUCACGAAAGAUGCCAUUCUGGAGAAAAACCUUUUCAAUGUGGAACAUGUUUGAAAUCCUUCAGUCACAGCAAUAAUUUGAAAGAGCAUGAACGGAUUCAUACUGGAGAACAACCGUUUCAGUGUCAAAUUUGUUUCAAAUCUUUCACUCAUUCUACUACUUUGAGAAUGCACGGAAGGAGUCAUACUGGAGAGAAGCCAUUCCAGUGUCCAAUAUGUUCCAAAUCUUUCACCCUGAAGCACCAUCUGAAAAAUCACGAAAGGUGUCAUACUGGAGAGAAACCUUUUCAGUGCG